AGCACUGUUGGAGGAGCACGUUGUUGUCGAGUGUGUACAUUUUUCUGUUGCAGCAGAUGAUAAAAGAACUUUACAGGAUGUCGAAGCCGAUCGUGUUCGUAACCGGAAACGCGAAGAAACUCGAGGAAUUCGUGGCCAUCUUGGGGAAAAAUUUCCCCCGGGAAAUUACGAGCAAAUCGAUCGAUCUUCCAGAAUAUCAGGGAGCGAGCAUAGACAACAUUUGUACCAGUAAAUGUCGAGCUGCCGCGGAUUUGGUGAAGGGUCCGGUGAUCGUCGAGGACACAUGUUUGUGCUUCAACGCGAUGAAGGGUUUGCCCGGUCCCUACAUCAAAUGGUUUUUGGAAAAAAUCGGUCCGGAGGGCCUUCAUCAAAUGCUUCACGGCUGGGAGGACAAAACAGCGGAGGCGGUUUGCACUUUCGCUUAUUCCACCGGGGAACCGGGUGAACCCGUUCUACUAUUUCAAGGUCGAACACAGGGAACCAUCGUGAGUCCUCGAGGAACGCGGGACUUCGGCUGGGAUUGCUGUUUCCAACCCUUGGACAGCGACAAAACGUACGCGGAAUUGCCGAAAGAAGUCAAGAAUCAGAUCUCUCAUCGCGGCAAAGCGUUGCAGAAGCUGAAGGAUCAUUUUCUAAAGGAUGUCGAACAUUGAUCGCGUUCUUUCCACCGGGACAGUAUUAACGUAAUUAUAAGUAUAGACAUGAGAAGAAUGAUAA